UAUUGAUGUAUUGUUUUGGAAGUAUUUCGGUUCCGUGAUCACUCCCACACUCUUAAAAGUCCAAAUAACAAGCUUUUAGAAUGGCUUUUUUCUAUUCAACAAACAUUAGACUGCAAUCUCCAAAGCUUCCAAUAUUCGAUUACUUUCAUAUUUCCAUCCUUUUCUUAUUGUUGAUCCCAUCUGCAAAUCCAUUGUCCUUCAACUUUUCCGGUUCUGAUCAGAGCACCAGGGACAUCAUACGCCUGGAAGGACAUGCAGCCAUCUCCUAUAAAGACAUCGAUUUCACCGAAAACCUAAGCAUCAAUAAUGCUAGCUGUGGUCGAGCCUCGUUCAAAAACCCGGUGCACCUCUACGACAAUGCAACAGGUAACCUAACAGAUUUUAGCACUAAUUUCUCCUUUUCCAUUACCAGAACAGAUCAAGAAUUCCUAAUUGCCGAAGGUCUGGCCUUUUUCCUGGCUCCCAGUGGUUCCAACCUCCCUGUUGAUUCCAGUGGUGGAGCACUUGGUCUUGUUAGAUAUAGCCAAAUGGAAGACAACACAAAAAAUCAAAUUAUUGCUGUGGAGUUUGAUACUUUUGGAAACGUGUUUGAUCCAGUGCCUUACUCUGAAAACUUAAGUCGUCCAAUGUAUCAUGUAGGCAUUGAUAUCAACUCCGUCAAAUCUGUGACGACCGCUAAUUGGACCAGUAAUGAUAUCGGUAGUGGGAAUAUUACUUGGGUUUUGAUUAACUACAACUCAAGUACAAAGAACUUGAGUGUUACAUGGACGUAUUCUGACAACCCAACUUCUAGCCUGUUUUAUAUAAUUGAUCUGAGAAAGUACUUACCGGAAUGGGUUACCAUUGGGUUUUCUAGUUCCACGGGUCAGCUUAAAGAAAUAACUUCAGUACAUUCCUGGAACUUUUAUUCGAGUUUAGAAGUAGAGGAGUCUAAUUCUACUUCAGAGAUCCCAAAAGCAAGCAAGACAGAUAAGAGAGGGUUGAUCAUUGGAUUGGUUGUCGGUGCAAGUAGUGCCUUGAUCGGUGUGGUUUGGCUUGUCCUGUGGAUAAAGAAGAAGAGAGAUGUUACUGAAGAAGAGGAUGAAAUGGUGCUUGAUGAUUCAAUGAAUGAUGAGUUUGAACAGGGAACUGGACCUAAGAGGUUUUUGUACAGUGAAUUGGCCCGAGCAACAGAUAACUUUGCUGAGGAUCAAAAGCUUGGAGAAGGAGGAUUUGGAGGAGUUUAUAAAGGGGUUUUAAGCUAUCUCAACUUGGAUAUUGCUGUUAAAAGAGUAUCCCAAAAGUCUAAACAAGGGAUAAAGGAGUAUGUGUCUGAGGUGAAGAUCAUUAGUCGAUUACGACACAAAAACUUGGUGCAACUUGUUGGUUGGUGCCACCAACGAAAAGAGUUCGUCCUCGUAUACGAGUUCAUGCCUAAUGGGAGCCUUGACACUCAUCUCUUUGGACGACAAGCGUUGUUGACAUGGGAAAGAAGGUACAAUAUUGCUCUGGGCUUGGCAUCUGCAUUAUUCUAUCUGCACGAAGAAUGGGAACAAUGUGUCGUGCAUAGAGAUAUUAAGUCAAGCAAUGUGAUGUUGGAUUCUGAUUUCAAUGCAAAACUUGGGGAUUUUGGGCUGGCUAGGCUUGUAGACCAUGGGAAAGGGUCACAAACAACAGUUUUGGCUGGAACUAUGGGUUACAUGGCUCCUGAAUGUGUUAUAACAGGGAAAUCUAGUAAAGAAUCGGAUGUUUACAGCUAUGGAAUUGUUGCUUUGGAAAUUGCUUGUGGAAGGCGGCCUAUUGAACCAUGUGUUGAAGCAAGCAAGAUAAGGUUGGUAGAAUGGGUGUGGGAACUCCAUGGGAGAGGAAAGAUUCUUGAAGCUGUGGACUCAGGGCUUUUAGAAAUGGGUUUUGAUGAGAAACAAAUGGAGUGUUUGAUGGUUGUUGGACUAUGGUGUGCUCACCCAGAUUGCAACUUUCGACCUUCCAUAAGGCAAGCGAUUCAGGUGCUUAGUUUUGAGGCACCAUUGCCCACUCUCCCAUCUAAGAUGCCUGUCCCAACUUAUUGUGCCCCCCCACUGAUGAAUGUUGGUGAUGAUUCAUCUGGUGGUUUGUUUUCUUCCGCUGCUUCUCCUUCUACAUCCCUUUUGUACCCUCGUUAAGUAGAAGUGUUCUGUCUGGCUUUGCCUUGUUCAAUAUAUUUGUUCUUUUUCUGUUUUGUUUUGGAAGGGAAUGCAUAGCAUGCAUGGAUUGUAAUAUUUUGUAGUUCUAAUUUCCUUAGAUGUUAUGUUUUACCUGAAAUUUUGUUUGUAGGAAAUAUUUUGUAGUUUUAAUUUCUUUGUAAGCGAUGCCAGAACUCGCAGAUCUCCUAGUCCGUCAUUUGCUCCAUCGGUGAUCGUUCUCACCAUCUGAGAGCUAA